GGCGUUAUGACGUCAUUCGUCUGCGCCGCGCUCCUGCAUCUGUUGUGAGUCGGCUGAAGAAAGAGUGUCCAAACACAAACUUCUGGUGGAGCAGCUGAGAUCCACGUGACACACUAUUAUAAAGAUGGCGUUUAUUAAAGAGGAGAGUGAAGACGUGAAGAUUGAAGAAACAUUGAGAGUCAAACAAGAAGAUGCUGAGGAACAAACAGACCUGUUGGUGUUGAAAGUGGAGAGUCAAGAACUGAAUGAAAUGGAAGAGAAAAAUCUAUACAAGAAACAUCAUGAUUUUGUGACUGGAGAGAAAUCCAAUCAAAAUGAAAAGACUUCCUCACAAAAAAGGGCUCAGAAAACCAUAUCUAACGGUUCUUUCACUUGCCAUCAAUGUGGAAAAAGUUUCACUCAAAAACAAAACAUUAAAGUCCACAUGAGAAUACACACUGGAGAAAAGCCUUUCACCUGCCAACAUUGUGGACAGAGUUUUACACGUAAAGAAAACCUUAAUGCCCACAUGAGAGUUCACACUGGAGAGAAGCCUUAUGCAUGCCAACACUGUGGACAGAGUUUUGCGCAUAAAGGAAACCGUAACGCCCACAUGAGAAUUCACACUGGAGAGAAACCUUUUACCUGCAAACUGUGUGGGAAGAGCUACUCACGAAAAGAAUGUCUUAAGACUCACAUGAGAAUUCACAUUGGAGAGAAGCCGUUCGUAUGUGGUCAGUGUGGAAAGAGUUUCAGAUGUAAAGUUAACCUUAAUCAGCAUACGAGGAUUCACUCGAGAGAGAACGGUUUUACAUGUCACCAUUGUGGAAUGAGUUUCACAGACAGGAAUGACCUUAAGAAUCAUGUAAAUACUCACAUCAGAGAGAAGCCUUUCAUGUGCCAUCACUGUGGAAAGGCUUGCAUAAGCAAGUCAAUCCUUGAGAUUCACAUUAGAGCUCACACUGGAGAGAGGCCUUUCACCUGCCCUCAAUGUGGAAAAGGUUUCACACAUAAAGGAAACCUUAACAUUCACAUGAGGCUUCACACUGGAGAGAAGCCUUUCAAAUGUCUUCCGUGUGAAAAGAGUUUCACAUAUCAAAGAGACCUGAAAUGUCAUUUGCAAACUCAUUCUGGAAAGAAAUUGUAGUGUUCAACAGCGUGGCAAGAGGUUUUAAAUACAGCAGUUUCAGAAAUCACCUGCAUUUUGGAGAAAGACCAAUUAAUUUUAUUCGGUGUAAUAACAAUAUCAUGCAGAUUUGGUCAUCACCUAUAGAUACACCUUAAAAGUCAUCCAGA